UUCCCUUUGGAAUGGUUGCUGUGUAAGGUAGCCUUGAUGGCUGAAGAGAUUGGGUUCACAAAAUAAUCAUGGCAGAAAGUAUAUAUUUUAAAUUACAUCUAAGUUGUAUGAGAAAUUCAAACAAAUGAUGGAUUUAGAAAUUAGCACUCGUAAUUGUAUACUAAGUUUGUAUGAUCAUGUCAAAUCCAUUGAAUUUGCUAAUUAGUAGGAGAAGUAUGAUAGAAGUGUUUGCAAAAUCUGUGCCAAUUAUAUGUUUUUAAGUUACAUUUUUUGCUGGAAGUAAUAGAUUCUAUAAUUUUACUAGAUGUUUAAAAAAGGGAUGUAUUAGUCACCAAAGCAUUUGUGCUUGCAGUGCUCCGCAAAUAUCGCUCUAUAUUAGGUACAAUAACGAAGAACUGCAGGGGAUGUUGGCUAAGUUAGAGUCCAAAAUCAGAACAACGGGGUCGUGA